GUGAGAGAGAGAGUCAGUCUGGAUACUAGUGUCAGUCGUAGAGGCAGGAGAGACAUCUGGUGAACACAGAUUAUCUCUGUUCUUUGCAGUCAUUAUGAGCGAGCUUCGGACCAACAGUGAGCUGCCUUCUACAAACCAGGCCUCCCGGAGCGAGGAAAAAGAUAAAUCCGGGAAUGCCGAGAAAGUAGAAGAGGAGAUUGACAUUGAUCUGAACGCCCCGGAGACUGAAAAGGCCGCCUUGGCGAUCCAGAACAAGUUCCGUCGGUUCCAGAAACGGAAGCAGGAUCCCAGCCCUUGAGGACAACGUCCCCAGCUACGACCUCACCAUUGCCCUGUCCAUGAUACACUGUGCGCUGCUCGUUAUACAGAUUCCUUUCCUCUCCGUAGGACACGACGGAUGCCAACAGGGCUGCAUCCCUAAUGUCCCAUACACAACCCGCUCUUCCUUUAGGCUAUUAUGAAUGCUUCCCCUAUAACAGGGCCAUAACACAUGCUGUCGUCAUGGUAACAUAGGACGGCCAUCUUGUAGAUACUCUUUCUAGUCUGCAUAUAUAGUCAAUGCGAUAUGUCUUAAAGACUUUUGUAAUUAAAAAAAAAAAAGGAUUUAAAACAAAGGUAAAAGUGAUCUUUAGGUCGGGUGUUGAGUUUGAGAUUUUCGAACCCCGGAGGUUCCUUCUUUAGGCAUGUUUCUAUGGUAACAGUGCACUGCGUGCAAUAUAUUUACAGAUUGAAAUGUAUAUAAGGAAUUAUAGUCCAUACUAGGGGUUUGCUCCUCUCCCAGUCCACGUCCCAUUACACGUCAUUGCUUCUUGAAUGUUAUAGCCGUGUUUCAAUCACUGAGUCUCACCCUCAAGGGGGGUCUCCGUAUAGAACACUGUAUAUAGAAUUACAUACAUAUAUGUAUGUUUUUAAUUGGAUAUUUAUUUUAUUAUGAAAUGUGUUGGGGUUUUUAAAUCACAGUUUUUAAAUAACUGUUUCCCAUCACAGUCCAGCUCUUUGGAUAUUAUCCCUAAUCACAGAUUAAAAUGCAGGUUAUAGUUGUAUAAUAUACACGUUACUAGGUAAAAUUAUAAGAAUACCUUUUAAAGCAUUGGGAGGCUAUCGCGCACGCAUAUCUCUUCAUAGAGAUGUACCGAAUCAAUGCAAUCUCGAUGGGGAACAUUUAGCUCCAUCUAGUGGCCGUCUGAGUGACUGUCACUAGAGGUGUUACUAGGCAGCAUUGUAAACACUGGCUUUUCUUUGAAAAGGCAGUGUUUAGAUUGAAAAACCUGCAAGGACAGGCUAUAGACACCAGAAGCACUACAUUAAGUUGUAGUGGUUCUGGUGACUAUAGUGUCCCUUUAAUUUUAGUCUGCAGUUAGAACGAAUGUGAAGGGAAACUAUUGCUGAAGCACGCACAGAUUCCGAUCUGCCAUUAGGCAGGCCAUGCAAAGUCUACAGAGCAUGGCUUUGUAAAAGUUAUCACAUGAUAAUAUGACGCUCUAAAUAAGCAAACUGUGAUUGUGACUAGGAUGUGGGAAGCAAUUUGAAGGCGCACUUCCUGUUCGGUAAGC